AUGGAUUAUUCUUCUGAAAGCGAUAUGAAUUCGGAAUGUGAAUUCGAGGAAUCAAUGUGUAAUUGGGGUAAUGAUCCAAAUAAUUGGCCAGUAAAUUGGCGACUAAAUGCAAUGAGUUCUAAAGAAGAGCUUUUAAAGAAUGGUGAAAUAUCAACUAUAGAAAGAAAUUCUGUUUGUUUAUCCUUACAUGGAAAAUCAAAUAACCAUCAGUCUGAUUACGAUAUAACAGCUCGUUUAUUCAGUCCAAUCAUAUCAAUUAUGAAGCAACCAAGUUGUAUACAGUUGAUAUAUAACAUACAAUAUGUUUCUGGUUCAUUGAGAGAUCAUAUUAGUUUGAGUGGAAGAGAAUUGAAUAUGUACGGUGUGGAUGAUAGACUACCGAAACUAUCGUUAUUACGUCGUCAAAUGGGGUGA